AUGGCGGAAGAUGCGAGGAAUACACCUGUUAAAUUUGUCAGACGAUUAGUUAUUAAGUUAAAUGCUCGGAAGAUGAAUCUGUUGGUUUUUUGUCUCGCUCCAUUUUUAACAGUGACAAAAGCACUGCCUGUGGACGUAUGGAGUCCCCUCGUGUUCGUGACAAAAGGUAACCAUUCCGGAAAUGCGGUGGAAUUGCUGGACGGUUCAAUGUAUCCAUCGUCCAGACCAUCAUGUGUAGAUCCAGAUUGGAAGGAAUAUUGUAGUGGUCUACUAUUUUUAGAUAUUUGGCUAAACGACCCUCCUAAACAGAUAUACCUAUAUAUGACCAAUUUAUUAGGCCAAGUUUUAUUUUACGUCGUUUUGAGAAAUGACAUCAUUGGACCUACAACUACCGAUAUUUGGUUUGAAACAGCCACAGUUGUGACGUCAUCAUACCCGGAAGUUGGAUCAUCAUUGAAUGUACAAAUCGAUAGAAGUUUCAUGGGUUUAACAGCAUAUAGAGAAAAAUGGAUGGUGGUUAACUCGAUGGAGAAAUUAAACAUAGAAAUUAUCUUUUCUGCUUUUAUGUAUAAUUCAGAAUGGUUUAAUAUAUUACCAAACCACCCUGGAAACAAAGCGGUUAUAAUAUCUGAUGGAAUUGAUAAAUGUUUGCCUAACAUCUCCCCCGAGACGAAUAUAUCUGAUACCGAAUGUUCCAAUGUUAUAUCAUUCUCGUCCUGUUUUAUCUGUUGUAUAAGUCGAAAUCUACAAUAUUCUCUCACUAAGGUCGGUCCAGGAGAUGAGUUUCUCGGUUUGUGUAGAUGUUACGGUGAUGUAUCUGUAUCUAUAGAACUAACCCUCAGUUCCAGCAGCUGUAAAAAAUACGAUGAUUGUCUUGAUCAUUCUAACCAGUACUGUGUAUUCUUUCAUCAUCUCAGUCCCUUACAGGAUUUUUUGGAUUCGUUCUUUCAACUCGAAGAAAAUGAAUUUUUGGGUUCAUCUAGAUUUGUUUUUACAGAAGAAAAUCAUACAUUAAUGGUAAAAUAUUCUAUUUACUCUUUUAAUCACAUGUAUCAUAGUGGAGUUUCUACGGGGGAUUUGUGGGCAGUAGAAUUGAUACUUCACAAUUCUGUGAUCACUACCACCGUAUUUCGAUUACGGGUUUUGACAAGGUCUGUUAAGAUAAAUUACACGGGUAGUAUAAUAAACGAACCAGUAUACAUUAAACACAUUGAUCUUGUUACAUCUUCACCGGAUAAUUUUAACUGUAGCAUGAAAGUUAUUUAUACACCGUUUAAUCAUUGUGGUGAUCUAAACCCCUUGAUAAUAUACAACAUGGACGGAGUUGGUGUUAGAAAAGACGAUUCCACAGUCCGAGUUAAUGUCACAGGUUUAGAUGUUUUUACUUUUGGUUGUUUAAAUAUCUCAACAGUCUCUUUUACUUCUAACACGUGGCCUUCAUCAGUCAAGCUAACCACAGUCAAAAAUCAUAUGUACCAGGCACCUACCAUUAGGAUUCAGGGUACGGGCGGGUACCUGACACCCCCGGACUGGAUUCAUUUCAACUUCUCCACACCUUCAACUCUUCAACCCACAACCAAUCAGAGAACCACUACAGCUAGAGUUCAAACAACUGAUGGCCCUGGUACAACGUCCAUAGAGACAACAAGCAACGAAACCACAACUACAACGUCUACAGAUACGACUGCGUCUGUCACAAGGACCGAUAAUCCAGACACGACGUCAACGGCGCCAACAAGCAACGAAACCACAACUACAACGUCUACAGAUACGACUGCGUCUGUCACAAGGACCGAUAAUCUUGACACGACGUCAACGGCGCCAACAAGCAACAAAACCACAACUACAGAUACGACUGCGUCUGUCACAACGACCAAUAAUCAAGACACGACGUCAACGGCGCCAACAAGCAACAAAACCACAACUACAGCUACGACUGCGUCUGUCACAACGACCAAUAAUCCAGACACGAUGUCAACAGCGCCAACAAGCGCUGAUCCGGAAAUAAAGACGACGUUUAAAGAGUCGAUCACUAUUUCUGAACUCGAGGACGACUUAGUGAAAAUAGAUCAUCUAAACCAUUCCUAUAUCUGUAAAGAAUUGAAAUCAUACAUAAUGAGGUCACUGACGGUUGAAGAAUUACUGGAAGAAUUGACCAGAUUACAAGGAAAUUUAACAAUUGAUAAACAAUCCUUGUCAGCUACCAUCAGAAAAAAAACAUCAGCUGUAGACAAUCGACCCUCAGCUCAGUCUAUAGGAUAUGUGGGAGUUAUAAUUCUCAGCACUGUAUUCGGAUUGUUGAUUCUGCUGGAUAUCCGACUAUUUGUCUUGGCCUUUAUCAAAUUCAAGAACGCUGUGAUUGGAUUAAACUGA